UUGAGUUGAGACGUGUUUCGGACUUCAGUGCUACGCGACGGUGCAACUUAAUUUUAUUUUUAAAAGAUUUUGAGUUCUUGUUAUUCGAAACUCUACACCAAAAAAAUAAAAAAAAAUCAGUAUGCCCUUUUCAAGUUAUUUCGCAGCGAAUGUGCCAUACGAGCAAGUUGAAAAACUGACCACAUCAACCGGUUGCUCCUAUAUCUAUUCAUCCUCACAACCAUCGGUCCCGAUAGUGGGUGAUUGGAGAACUCGUUACUGUACACUAGACAAUAGUUUUCAGGAUGUUUUAGAGCGUGUUCAUAGCUUCGAAAUACGCAAAGAGGAUGUUUGGAUUGUGACAAGUACUAAAUGUGGCACUACUUGGACUCAGGAAAUGACUUGGCUAAUUUUAAAUAAUUAUGAUUUCGAAAAGGCAAAAGAAAUUGAUCUCACAAUACGAUCACCAUUCUUAGAAUUCAAUGGAGUUGUGCCAAAUGUACCACAUGAUACAAUUGAUGCUGCAGAUAAAUUAGACUCUCCGCGUUUGAUAAAAUCACAUUUACCUGUGAUGUUACUACCCAAGCAAAUUUGGACGAAAAAACCAAAGAUUAUUUAUGUUUUUCGAAAUCCAAAGGAUGCAGCUAUAUCUUAUUAUCAUCACUGGCGUGGUAUGGUUGGUUAUACAGGCACAAAAGAAGAUUUUAUGCAAUUAUAUAUGGAUGGAUAUGUUAAUUUCAAUCCAUUUUGGCCACAUGUUUUGGACUUUUGGGAAAUGCGACAUGAACCAAAUGUAUUCUUUACCAGUUAUGAACGCAUGAAGAAAAAUUUAUCAAGUGUUAUUAAAGAUAUUUGUCAUUUCUUAGAGAAAGAUAUAACAGAAAAAGAACUUACACAACUUGUCGAUCAUUUAUCUUUUGACAAAAUGAAAGAUAAUCCAGCAUGUAAUCAUGUUAAGGAAUUUGAAAGUAUGAAAGCUGCUGCUGGUAGAGAAGUUGAAGAAUUUAGAUUUGUACGUCGCGGUAUCGUUGGUAGUCAUAAGGAUGAACUACCCGCCUCAGUAAUUCAAGAAUUUGAUGAUUGGACUGAAGAUAAUUUAAGGCCAUAUAAUUUGACUGUCGAAGAUAUUAUUAAUUAUUCAAAAUAUUAAUAUUGGUUAAGGGUUUAUUUACAUAUUAAGAAUAAAUAUGUUUAUGCAAUCAAAUAUUUAUUAUAAGACUAUGUAUUUUUAUCGAUCAGUAAUUGCAACAACGAAAAUAUUUUAUUAUGUUUAAUUAAUUUAAGUUUUUAUGUUUAAAAAAUAUAAUAUAACGCAAAAUUAAUU